GUGUGUGUGUGUGUGUGUGCGCACACAUAUAUAUAUAGCAUGAGGACAGAUAUUGGGAGGCAGCGCCACAUAUUAGAGAAACUACUGCUACUGACAACACCACACUCAGGAAUGAAGACAUCAUUUGCUGGAGAUUUUUAGAGAGUCUUGCUGAAACCCCAACUACAAGUGUUUGAUAUUACAGUAAUAGUUGUUUGAACGUGCCAGAAUGAAGACUAUGUUUGUGACUUUGCUACUGCUGCUGUGUCUCUUUGCUAGAGUGCACGGGGAUUGCCAGAAAGACUGCCUGGCCUGCAGUAAACACCUGUACCAGUACAGUACCUUUGAUGCUCUGGUCUGCAUCCUUGAAUGUGAAGUGAAGGUUUCUUCUUCUGAAGUAUGGGAAGCCUGUAAGCGCACCCUUGUGGUUACAGUAGGUACUGACAGCCUAGGUGUGGAUACAUACAGUCCCCCUGAAAUCAUGACUCCUAGAAAUGAUGGCCAUCUGUUUGAGAGUACAAUGAAGCACUUUGGUGACAUCACAAAGGUGACCGAUAUGGACAGGAAAGAAAGUGAGAAGAGGGUUGCCAAAGCAGGUCUUAUAAGAGACCGAGAAGAAGAAGAAGAAGAAGACAGCUUUAGCAAUGGAAAUGAAUCCCUACUAGAAAUGGAUAAUGACAGGAAUACCAUAUAUGGUCCAUCAGAACCAAGUCAUGAAAUUUCAAAAAAAUUUGGAGGCUUUUUGAAAGGCAAGUACAGCUACAGAAAACUUCUAGAGCCUGGAAGAGGCAUCCAGAAGCGUUAUGGAGGCUUCAUUGGAGUCAGAAAGUCUGCUAGGAAGUGGAAUAACCAGAAGAGAUUCAGUGAGUUCCUGAAGCAGUAUUUGGGGAUGUCAACACGUUCCAGCGAGUAUGACAGCGUAUCAGCUGAUAUCAAUGAACAAAAUGAAAUAUGAGACUUUUUUCCUUCAUCUCACUGCAAAAUGUUCUAAUAUUCAGUGCAGCAGAAAGUCAACCUGAAAAUUAUGAAAAUGUGAAUUAUUUCAUGCAUCAUAAGUGACUCAAAAAUAUCAAGAAUUAACCUAUUCCCAUAUAUAAUCAGGCAAUUUAACACUUCAUUUAACUGACGUGGGCAGAGAUGCUAAGAAUUAACAUUCAGAACUAUAUUUAAGUGCUGUUAUUGUUUGUUGUGAAUAUCAUGUUUUGCAAAUAUGGGAUGGAUCACACUCACCUAAAAUGACAAUCUUAAAAAAGUUUAAUAAUUUUGUGUUCUGAAUGGAUUUUUGUUAGCUGUAUGACGAGUUAAGGCUACAGAGAUGUUCAGCUUCUGCUGUCUUUACCAGACUACAAUCAGACUAAGUUAAAUACUAUUCUGCAGAAUUUAUAUGCAUGUAAAAUUUGUUCAGACAAUAACUCAGCCCUUCCAAAGUAACUAUAUAACUACUGAAGAAAAAAUGUAAGAACACAUAAUGUUGGAAUGUUUUCUCUCUUUUAACAGAACUAUAUAACCUUCUUUGACUGUGAGAAGUACAAAACAAUACUAAAGCAAACGAUUAUGUGCAAA